UUAAUACUAUACACGAAAAGAAUGUUAUGCAGUCCAGUGGGUAAUUCAGGUGGUCCGUGUGAUCGUAAACAGAAUGCCGACAAACAAUGUCCGCCGGAUCAGAAGUCCAAAUGUUCGGUGAGUAAAGUUCGUGGACCACUACAGGGAAGCCUGUGCAGUUUCGACGAGAAACCAGAAGAAAACUCCUGUAAAAAUGACAGCUCUACCGAAAGUAAGACCUGCGACAGAGAGGACACCGGUUGUAGCAGCAGGACCUCCAGCAACGGCGGCUGCGGGGCUAGGAUGUCCGAGGAAAGUAGGCCGACAAAAGAGCCGACUACGGUAGCUGACGAUCUGACGAACGGCCGUGAUCCUCGACCGGGAUUCGAUUCCGAACAGCAUAGUAGUGCAUUGAUGUCGCGACGGAACGGAGAACAGUGGUCGGUCCACGAAUCGCUGCAAGUUACGACUUCCGCGUUCCGGCCUUCGAAAAGCCCGGCCACCGACCGAACAUCUGUACCGACGCCGACGUCAAACAACCGGACCAAGACCAACCAGACCACGACCAACCGGACCGUGACCAACCGAUCGGAUGGGACACUGCAAUUCGAAAAAGAAUUGUACAAAGUGGAACAGCGUCGGGCGCAUUUGAUGAGGCGAAUCGAGCGCAAACAGAAAGAAUUGAUGACAGAAAACCGGAAAACGCGAACAUCAUUACAAGACUAUUGCGAACAGCGGAAUUCGGGUGGCGAGAAACAGUCGCUACACGACAACAGAGAACGCCGACCGUCGCAGCAUGACACUAGCGAACGUCGACUGUCCCGAUAUGACACUAGCGAACGUCGAAAUAAUAACUGUGGACAGUCACAGCAUAAUACUAGCGAACGUCGACCUUCUCAGUAUGACACUAGGAGACGUCGCCCGUCCCAACACGACACUAGAGAACGACGAUCGUCCCAACAUGACAGUAGAGUACGACGUCCAUCUCAACACGACACUAGAAAACGUCGCCCGUCCCGACACGACACUAGAGAACGACGAUCGUCCCAAUACGACAGUAGAGAACGACGAUCGUCCCAACACGACAGCAGAGAACGACAAUCGUCCCGACACGACAGCAGAGAAAGAAGAUCGUCCCAACACGACAGUAGAGAACGCCGGUCGUCCCACCACGGCACUAGAGCACGACGACCGUCCCAUGACAAUACCAGAGAACAACUACCGUCACAACACGACAAUAGAGAACUCCGAACAUCGCAAUAUGAUCUUAGAGAACGCCAAAGUUCGAAGGACGAAAGCCAAAAUCGUAAACUUCCGCAGGGCAGCUUUGUCGUCGAGUGUUUCUGCAAUUUCAGUGCGGUGGACAAUAGUUGUAACAACGAACCGGCCACAAAACAGAUGUCGUCUCAGCACAACAACACUUAUGACGACGACACGACCGACGUGAGAAAAGGCGCCGCUUCGACCGGACGGCACAGUCGAUCAGGCCGCCGCAGCAGGCCACGGAAUAAUGCCAGUGUGACGCCAUCGGGCUCGGCCGAGCAGCACCGUAGUCAUCAAGACACUCCCCGACCUGCACGUGGUUGCCCGUUCGCGAGAGUGGUGGAUUUGAUACCCAGUAUCAUUAACAGUUCUGCAACGUCGGUCGGUGGCACUCGAGAGCCCAAUAAUCGAGGAUGUAACGAAACACAACAAUAUGCAUAA